GUGAACCUGCUGGAGCAAGAUCAACACAACGCCAUUUUCACCGUCUACAGACCCGGACACAUGACUCUGGCCUGAGAUCCAACUCCUUUCCUGUAGUCUCUUGUCAUACAUUAUAAUAAUGUGAUUAUACUUGUGCGUUUGGCUGCACUGUAUUUGUGAUCCUGCUGUUGAAAUCAGAUCGCCAGUGGCAGAAACUACCCCCGUCGCUCCGGAAGACACAGAACCGGUCAGACUGUCCGAUCACAGUCUCAAAUCAUCGCGCUAAGUUCGUUAAAAAUUAUAUUAACUUUGAGUGUGGUGGUGGGAGACGAAGAAACAAAUCCUCUUACGCUUGUGAGUGAUCUGGAUGUUCCGGAGAACGGAUGCGUGAGGACAUGUCGAGCGUGGUGUGUGUGAAGGAGACGGAGGAUCAAGGGGACCCCGGUGAGAAGCUGUCACAGGAUGAGCUCUUGUGUCGGACCCGGGAGGUCAUGCAGGGGCUGGAGGCUCUGCGAGCGGAGCACCAGGUCAUCCUGGACGGUCUGAUGGGGACUCUGCGCUGCCUCAAACAAAAUCAGGAGGGUCGUGGUGUGGAGGAGAAGACGACUAUGAUCCAACGCUCACUGGAGAUGCUGGAGCUGGGUCUCAGUGAGGCACAGGUCAUGAUGGCUCUAUCAGGGCACUUGAGCGCAGUGGAGGCAGAGAAACAGAAGCUUCGAGCACAGGUGCGGAGACUGUGUCAGGAGAACCAGUGGUUGAGGGAUGAGCUAGCAGAAACCCAGCAGCGGCUGCAGAAGAGCGAGCAGAGCGUCGCACAGCUGGAAGAGGAGAAGAAACAUCUGGAGUUCAUGAACCAGCUUAAGAAAUAUGACCAGGACCUCAGCCCAUCUGAUGAUAAGGACUCUGAUUCCAGCAGGGAGACACUGGAUGAUCUUUUCCCAGAUGAGCAGGAUGAGCCGGGGCCUGGCAUCCAGCCUCUUCACAGCAGUGCAGUAGCAGCGGCGCAGCAGGGUGGGUACGAGAUCCCCGCUCGUCUCAGGACCCUCCACAACCUGGUGAUCCAGUACGCCUCACAGGGCCGCUACGAAGUAGCCGUCCCUCUCUGCAAACAGGCUCUGGAAGAUCUGGAGAAAACCUCUGGCCAUGACCAUCCAGAUGUAGCCACCAUGCUCAACAUUCUCGCCCUAGUUUACAGGGACCAGAAUAAAUACAAAGAGGCUGCAAACCUCCUCAACGAUGCUCUGGCUAUCAGAGAGAAGACACUGGGCAGAGACCACCCUGCGGUGGCUGCCACGCUGAACAACCUGGCCGUUCUUUAUGGCAAGCGUGGAAAGUAUAAAGAAGCAGAGCCUCUGUGUAAAAGGGCGCUGGAGAUACGAGAGAAGGUGUUAGGAAAGGACCACCCUGAUGUUGCGAAGCAGCUGAAUAAUCUGGCGCUGCUGUGUCAGAAUCAGGGAAAGUAUGAAGAGGUAGAAUACUACUAUCAGAGAGCCCUGGAGAUCUACCAAACCAAACUGGGCCCUGAUGACCCCAACGUGGCCAAGACCAAAAACAACCUGGCAUCAUGCUAUCUGAAGCAGGGAAAGUUUAAACAGGCAGAGACUCUAUAUAAAGAGAUCCUCACCAGAGCCCACGAGAGGGAAUUUGGCUCUGUAGAUGAUGAGAACAAACCUAUCUGGAUGCAUGCAGAGGAAAGAGAAGAACAGAGCAAGGGCAAGGAGAAGGAUGGCUCUCGUUUCGGAGAGUACGGUGGCUGGUACAAGGCCUGUAAAGUAGACAGCCCCACUGUGACAACCACACUGAAGAAUCUGGGAGCUCUGUACAAGCGACAGGGAAAGUUUGAGGCUGCUGAGACUCUGGAGGAAGCGACUCUGCGUUCCAGAAAACAAGGUCUGGACACGACACAUAAGCAGCGUGUGGCAGAGGUCCUGGGAGACCCUGAAGUACGAGAGAAGCAGAGUAGUCGCGAGAGCUUGAACUCUGAUACAGUCAAGUACGAAAGCGGCCCAGACGGAGGAGAGGAAGUGAGUAUGAGCGUGGAGUGGAACGGGGACGGCUCUGGGUCACUGAAGCGCAGUGGUUCCUUCAGCAAACUACGGGCCUCAAUUCGACGCAGCAGUGAGAAACUGGUCCGCAAGCUCAAGGGAGGCGGCUUACGAGAAAACGAACCGAAAAAUCCUGGCCUGAAGAGGGCCAGUUCUCUUGGAGUUCUCAACGUGAUGGAUAAACCUGUGGGAGAACUCGAAGAACGAAAUAAUCGUCUAAGGAAAGGACGGGACCUGUGUUCCAGUCAGACUGAUCUGGCACAUUGAAGGUCUGCUUCUGGAUAUGGGAUGAAGAGAGUAAUAAGAGGUCUCUGAGUUCAGUUUUAUUCAGAAAAACCUUCUCUGGGGGUUGCUUUUGUUUUCAAGGCCUGUAUAUGUAUUUUAUAUCUCUGACGCUUUUACAACUAGCUGUGGAAAUGACUCGAACCUGUCAAAAUGUCCUUGAACCAAAGUGCACAACAAAUUAGAAAUACAUUGAAGUGCUAUUCAGGCUAGAUCAGUAAGAAAGUUUUGCUGCUUUUUUUUUUUUUUAGUUCCCUUCUGGGGGUGGUGGGGUACUUUUGACUUUUUUGUUUGUUUUAUGAGACUGUUGUUACGAAUUAAGGAUUAUAGUGACUUGUGUGAUAGAAGUGUGCAUCUUUUUAGUGAAGUCACUAAAUGUUCUGCCACUGACAACCUACAUAAUGUUUAUAUUUGAGUAACAUCAAAGGACCAUGGGACUUAUGUACUAAUUCCCUUUAUGAAAGGAGCUACACCAAUGUUUAUGAAGGUCAAUGUUUACAUGAGUGAUGAUUCAGUGAUUCACAUUUUAUUUUACUACUUUUAAAAAGUGGGGUCCAUGCCUUUUUUUAUCUCGCUUGGAAAACAAGACACAAGAAACAGUCCUUCCUCAAACAAAUCUGAAGUUUUUACGCCACCUGUGUCUGAAAUAAUAGAUAUUAAAACAGUGGAUGAAUGUUUUCUCGGGACUGAAAGAGCAGAUUUGGUAUGCAAAGUAACAAUGCACUUUGAAUAAUCUCAUAGGAUUAUGUUACAUUUAAAAACCCUUUGCCUGUUACAAGAAUCAAUUGAAUUGUUUACCUCACUUUUACAAGUUUCAUUUGGUUGAUCUGUCGUUUAGUGGAUAUAUACUUUUGGUUUAUAUGUUUUGACUGACUAAAUCUAGGUAAAUUCACUGAUGAGGUCUGUAAACUGAUUUAAAAUUGAAAAACAAUGACUCCAGGAGGCAGCUGUCACCUCAUUUAUCACUACAUUAUCUCACAUGGAGUUGGAAGCACUGUUGCUCCAGAUUAAAAUGCACUGGAAUUUAAAAUCUAUUUCCAUAUGUUACACUAUAUAACCUGUUUUAAAGAGCUCGCCUGAGUUGAAGUGGGUUUACCGGUUUUUAGUGUGUGACAGAGCAAAUUGAAUUUGAAGCAAAAAAUCACAAAAAAACAUUAUUCUGAUCAAAAUGGAAAGCCUAAUAUGUAUCAAUAUAUGAUUGUGUAGGAUUUAUGCUAAUAUAUAGCACUGAUGCAUGCUACCCUAUAUGUUCAAGCAGAUUUCUACUUUGUUACAUAUUGCAACUAUAUAGCAACUCUUAUAAUAACCAUUUUAUGGAAGUAAUUUUUUUUGGUAAAUUACACAAUCCAUCUUUCACGAGAUUUAUGUGCUCUGUGCUGGCUGGGGCUGAUUUUACAUGUAAUGUUUUACUGACAAAAGAUGGAAUAUCUGAUUGGGUCUUGUAUCAAUGUAUGAUGUGCAUUUUUUUGUACAUAAAUUAUCCAGUUGUUAAUGCCACUAAUUUGAGCUUUGCUAGUCAUAUGAUUGUGGGACUAAAUGUACUCUGUACAUGCUCUGAUUCUCAGACUGUUUCAGGAUAUGCUCAUUUUUGGCUGUUGAUCAGUUUGUGUUAAAUUAGCUUGUUACAGUUGCUGUUAUAUUUUGUUUAACAGGGUUAUUGACAUGUCAUUCUGCUCCUGAAUUCAAAUGCAAUUUUAUUGCACGUUUUCUUUUUACAGUUUGUUUCUCAAAGGUGUAUUGUUUACCUUGUGGCAUUGCAAUGUGUCACCAAAACUACAAUUUUAAAACUGUACGCUUAUACAUAAAUAGUACAUGAAUUGAACUAACUCCCAGUGUGAAACCAGGACUUUUUGACCUAUAUGAUGUAACCCUGAGAUAUUUAUUACUGUAUUACUGUAUUUGGGUGUAUGAUGUUGCAUCUCUACUGUGUGUCUAUGUGUUGUGUCUUCCACUAUUUGUGUUUAUUUUAAAUAUUUUGUUUGUGUGUACAGUAUAUCUUAAAAUGCGCACUGGACUUGUGUACCAUUUUCCGUUCUCAGGCUGCCUGCUGUGCUGGCUAAACUGCAUAUUUGUGGUGAUGUGUUUGGCUUUAUGAAUAUUGUAUGGUAUAAUGUACAUACUUGAAUAAAGGUAACAAAUGUA